AGGAGAUUGAAUACGCUUCAAGCAAUAUUACGCCUUGUAACUCGGAAGGCGUAUUUGGGUCCCUCGCUUCCCUCGUGCCGGGCGCCGUCUGGGCUGGGAGGAAGACGACGACGACGGCGCGUGGAUCUAUCUCAACGGAUCGAGGAGGACACGAGAGAUUGCGGCGGCGGCUGUGGCAUUAGCUUGAUACUGGGGCAAUGGCGGAGGCGGAGGCGGGGAGGAAGGAGAAGAAGGAGGUGGUGCGGCUGGAGCGCGAAUCGGUGAUCCCCAUCAUGAAGCCCAAGCUCAUCAUGAAGCUCGCCUACCUCAUCGAACAACAAUCUGACAGAGAAGAAUUCUUGAAGCUCUGCAAGAGGAUUGAGUACACCAUUAGGGCCUGGUAUCAUCUCCAGUUUGAUGAUAUGAUGGAACUAUUUGCUCUUUUUGACCCUGUUCAUGGUGCCCAAAAACUGCAACAGCAGAAUUUCUCGACUGAGGAAGUCGAUACACUCGAGCAGAACUUCCUGACCUAUUUCUUUCAGGUGAUGCAAAAAAGCAAUUUCAACAUAUUAUCAGAUGAUGAGGUUGAGCUUGCUCAUUCUGGACAAUAUCUGCUGAAUCUUCCCAUCAAAGUUGAUGAAGCAAAGUUAGAUAACAAACUUUUGUCAAAGUAUUUUAAAGAGCACCAUCACGACAACCUACCGGAGUUCUCAGAUAAGUAUGUCAUAUUCCGGAGGGGCAUUGGACUGGAUCGCACUAGCAACUUUUUCUUUAUGGAGAAAGUGGACAUGAUCAUAGCUCGUGCGUGGCGAUGGUUCUUGGAGAAAACAAGACUGCAAAAGCUCUUCUCAAGAAAGAAAAGUGUUAGGCCAAAGACAGAUUCCAAGAAGAAUGAUGAUCUAGUUGGUGAAGAAGAGGACAAGGAGCUAUAUGUUGAACGCAUACGACUUGAAACAAUGAAUUUGAGCUUGCGCAACUUAAUUGGCAAGGUUACAAUUCAAGAGCCUACAUUUGAAGAGGUGAUUGUCUUGUACAGGAGGAAAAGCCCUAAGGGCCAGAAUGAUAGAUCAAUUCAUGUAAAGCACUUCAAAAAUAUUCCAAUGGCAGAUAUGGAGCUGGUUUUGCCUGAGAAGAAAAAUCCAAGCCUCACACCAAUGGACUGGGUUCAGUUUAUUGUUUCUGUUGUCAUUGGACUUGUUACACUUGUCAGUUCGCUCGAAAUGCCUAAAGCUGAUUUCUGGGUUGUAGUUGCCGUCCUUUCUGCCCUGGCUGGAUAUUGUGCCAAGAUCUAUUUAUCGUUUCAACAGAACAUGGCAACAUAUCAAAACCUAAUAACUCAAUCAAUGUAUGACAAACAGCUAGAUAGUGGGAAAGGCACACUUCUCCAUCUCUGUGAUGAUGUGAUUCAGCAGGAAGUCAAGGAGAUUAUAAUUUCCUACUAUAUUUUGAUGGAAAAUGGAAAGGCGACUAUUGAGGAUCUUGACUUACAAUGUGAAGAGUUAAUCCAAGAAGAGUUUGGCUUGCAAUGCAAUUUUGAGGUGAUGGAUGCUGUUCAGAAGUUAGAGAGGCUUGGCAUCAUUACAAGAGAUUCUAUUGGAAGAAUAUGCUGUCUAUCUCUGAAGCGUGCCAAUGAGAUCAUUGGCGCUACUACAGAAGAGCUGGUUAUGAAGGCCAGACAAAGCUAGUUAUCCAAUUCUAUUUGAACCAGUUUAGGGGGGCAAUAGGUCCUGGACGGCUGCGGAAUAAUUCUCCGAUGGAAGUUGAGCAGAUAUGCUAUUGUUGUUCUGUUGUAGGACCUGCUGUAUUAUGCAAUGUUUAAUGCAUGUUGUAAGAAAUUUAGUUUCUUCUUGGAACAAAAUGUGGAAAGAUUUCAGUAAAAAAAAAUGUGGAAAGAGGUUCAUGAAC